GAUAGCAAAUAGCAAUAGCAGAAGCCGAUCUCAAAGAAAAUGGAAGAAUUGAUAACAAAUUUGAGCAAAAGUCUGGGUUCAUUCUGCAACCACCUUCAAAGCAGUUGCGACGCUCUGAAGCAAUCCAUCGACCGCCGCCCCAUCCCUCUUGAUUCGGCUUCAUCGACGUUCGUUCAAUGCCUAAACCGUCGCGUUUCAACCGCCACAGCCGACCUCAACCUCCUCGAUUCCAUGUCCUUCGGCACCGUUUCCUUCGAGGAACUCUUAGGCCACUGUUAUCAAGUCUUCGACAAUAACCAAACCCAUCUCCUUCAUCUCCAAGAUCGCCUCAAGCCUCUGGGUUAUAUUUCCCCUAAUCAAAAGGUUGAUGACUCUAAUUUAUCUUUUGGAGAAAACAUGAAGUACAAUGGAGACAAAACAAGCAACAUCAAGGGUACAGAUAAGCCUAUUACAGACACAAUUGAAGUAAAUAGAGAAGAGGAAAAAGACCCAAAUCACGUUCAAGCUCAAGCUAAGGGGCCAGUAUUACAAGUUUCUAAGGAUGGUUAUGAAAGUCUUCCUUCGUAUAUGACAAAUCUAGCAUCGUGGGAGGAUCUACUUGCAGCCGUGGAGAAGAUCAACUCAAGUUUGAGCAAGAAAGAGAAAACAAAAGGUUAUAACUAUUUCCACCAAGAUGAAAUUGAAGCCUUGGACUUAGGGCCCAAAGGACGUGUUUACUUGCUGCUACUGGUGCGCAUGAAUCAUCUGGUUGUAGAGACAAUUGAUGGGCUGAUUUCUUAUCGAGUCUUGUGAAUGAGAUCCAAACUGAUGGGCAUAUCAACUUUAUCAAGUAUAUUAAAUACCAAACAGGAUCGAAGUAUAUUAUCACUGGUUCUUGA